AUGAAAGUCCUCACCGCCAACUUCGUGACAUGCGCCGUAAAGGACUGCAAGACCUCCCCCGCCUCAUUCCCCCUACACUUCCACGACGCCGAACUAGAGCAAGAAGAACUAGAGUUCCAGCCCGAAUUCAUCCGCAACAUCCUCCCCCGCAUCGACUGGCCUGCCCUAUGCACCACCGCCAACGAGCUUGGAUUCCCUACUCUCCCGGAAUCGAAACCGGAGGGUGAUAAGCUGGAGGACGAGCAGACGUUGAAGGACUUGCAUAGGCUACUACUGGAGACGCAUGUGACGGAGGGCAAGUUGGCUUGUGCGAACUGUGGGCAUCAGUACUCUAUUAAGGAGGGGAUUGCGAAUUUCCUUCUUCCUAGUCAUCUUGUUUGA